AGCUGUCCCGUAGGAGUGAAGGUUGGCAGUAUGGACGUUAAUCAGCCCAAGCAGGAGCACUUGCUGGCCCUAAAAGUGAUGAGGUUAACCAAACCUACUUUAUUCACUAAUAUUCCAGUGACUUGUGAAGAAAGAGAUUUGCCAGGUAGUCUGUUUAACCAGCUCAUGAAAGAUGAUCCUUCCACUGUAAAGGGAGCAGAAACUUUGAUGCUAGGAGAAAUGCUGACUUUGCCUCAAAAUUUUGGAAAUAUAUUUCUGGGAGAGACUUUUUCCAGUUACAUUAGUGUACACAAUGAUAGUAAUCAAGUUGUCAAGGACAUACUGGUGAAGGCUGAUCUACAGACAAGUUCUCAGCGCUUGAACCUUUCAGCUUCUAGUGCCGCAGUGGCAGAGCUUAAGCCCGACUGUUGCAUUGAUGAUGUGAUUCAUCAUGAAGUAAAAGAGAUAGGAACACACAUCUUAGUUUGUGCAGUAAGUUACACUACGCAGACAGGAGAGAAGAUGUACUUCAGAAAGUUCUUCAAAUUUCAGGUUCUUAAACCACUAGAUGUGAAAACCAAAUUCUACAAUGCUGAGGUAAGCGAGAGCUGUGUGUGUUAA